UCCUAGUAUAAUUUUAGCUCAGAUACCUCCUUUGACAUCUGACAUAGGUGAACUAGUUCAUCCUUAGCAGCGAAGACUGGAGGGUUGUCGUGAAGCCGCAUUCUCAUUUAAGAUUAACUACCUCAAGGACAUAAAGCGUUCUAGGUAGACCGGGAGUUUCAAACUCGGUGGGUUUGUUUUUUUCGGGGAGCAGACAUCUCAAAGAAGGUAAGUUUUAGUUUCGAGUUGUUUCUCGCCAGCGAGGAAAUUCUUGGGAAAAUAUGCGCUGUCCAUCUCGGUUUGGGGGAAGGGGCCGCAUUUAGAUACAUUGUCGCAUAUAUACACACCAACUUCUAGAAGCCCGUUAAGCGUAAGCUUCUUCUAUUCCGUCCACAACCAUUUGAGCUCUUAAGGGUUUUAUGUAAAACUCCUCAAAGUUCACCUUUAUUUCCCUUUUUUCUGUACUAUGUCUGGUGUGAAAGCUGCAAGGCCAAUUCUGUCUAGAAAUCAUGCAGAAGCUCGAAGGCGAGUCAUUAGUUUAUAUCGUGCCUGGUACAGACAACUUCCUUAUAUACCAAAAGAAUAUGCUCAUAGUAGCGUAGAUCUUACAGUGCCUGUUUUGUAUGCAAGAUUAAGGGAAGAGUUCCGUAAAAAUAAGGAUAUUAAAGAUUUACGUAUAAUUGACUUGUUAAUUCACAGAUGGCAAAAUGAACUAAUUGAAGUGGCGCGUUUGUGGAAGUCUGAUACGCAUGUGAUGGAUUUUUUUAGAGAAGAUCAUCUCCCAGAAAAGCCGAAAGAUUUCUUGGAUAAAUUUCUAUCUGGAAAGCAGUAAUAUUUACGAAACUUUUGAAUUGUAGAAGCUUUUGUUUAUAGUGUGGUAGAUAAUUUUUAUCUCAGAA